CGCCGCACCAAGGCCCUCAUCUUCUACGGCACCGACUUCAGGGCCUACGAGGCGCCGCUGCCCCGCCUGUCCCACCAGACCUGGGCGCUCUUCCAUGAGGAGUCCCCCAUGAACAACUACGUCCUCUCGCACUUGCCCGGCAUCCAGCUCUUCAACUACACGGCCACCUUCCGCCGGGAGUCCGACUACCCCCUCACGCUGCAGUGGCUGCCCGGCGUGGGGGACCUGCUGCCCCUGGCCGAGAAGGACGCGUGGCGACGGAAGGGCUAUGCCCCGGUGCUGUACAUGCAGUCCCACUGCGAUGUCCCCUCAGACAGGGACCGCUACGUGCGGGAGCUCAUGAAAUACAUCCAGGUUGACUCCUAUGGGAAAUGCCUGCAUAACCGUGAGCUUCCCAGUGAGCGACUGAGAGACACUUCUACAGCCACUACAGAAGAUUCUGAAUUUAUGACUUUUAUCGCCAGGUAUAAGUUUCAUCUAGCCUUGGAGAAUGCCAUAUGUGAUGACUACAUGACAGAGAAGUUGUGGCGUCCGAUGCACUUGGGUGCUGUCCCAGUAUACCGAGGCUCUCCAGCUGUGCGGGACUGGAUGCCAAACAACCUCUCCAUCAUUCUUAUAGAUGACUUUGACAGCCCCCAAGAGCUGGCAAAGUAUCUUGAUUUCUUGGACAAGAAUGGAGAGGAAUAUAUGAAGUAUCUAGAGUAUAAAAACCUUGGCGGAAUCAAAAACCAGUUCUUGCUAGAGAGCUUGGAGAGGCGGGAGUGGGGUGUGAAUGACAUGACUCUGCCCAACUACCUGAAUGGCUUCGAGUGUUUCAUCUGUGACAGAGAGAACAUCCGGGUCAAAGAGGAGCAGGAACACAGAAAGUCUCAUGGGAAAAUUCCAGCUCCCAGACCUCGCAUAGCUCAGUUCAAGCACAUGGGAUGUCCUGUGCCAACCCCUGGGUUUGGAAGUGUUGAAGACUUCUCUGGAGGGGACAGUUGGAAGGAAAUGUGGCUGCAGGAUUAUUGGCAAAGCCUUGAUCAGGGUGAGGCCCUCACUGCUAUGAUUCAUCGCAAUGAGUCACAUCAGGGAAGAUUUUGGGAUUAUAUGCAUGAGAUUUUUCUCAAGAGGAUGAGGCAACACUGACCCAUCUUUGUAAGAGCUUGAUUUGAAAAUUGCAUUGAAAGUUGACACUGUAAAUUCUUACCUCGCUCCAAAUGUUUGCCUUAAAAUGGAAGAAAAACUCUCACAGAGACUAUUUUUUCUGGUGCAUGAAGUGAGUACAUUUUUGUUAUGAUUGGAUUUCGGCAGUGGAGAUCUUAGCAACUGCAUUGAUUUGAAUUUCAGCUGUGUGGUGUGAAGCCAGUCCUGACUUGCAGGUGUCAACAUGUGGGGCAAAAGAGGAAUUUACUCUCCUUUUGCAUUUGGUAUAGUUUCCUUGUGUCUUACGUGACUUCAGAGGAACAGCUCUUCAGACUCUUGCUCAAAUGUCUUAAGUUAUUUCAGGGAUUUUUUUUUUUUUAAUCUCCAAAACAUUAAUCGUUUUUAUAAGUAUUUUAUCAGUCACUUAUUCUCCUCC